AUGGCAGUACUUCCUGGCCACGCAAGACCUUCCUGUCAAUGUUAUGUUUAUACUCUGCUAUUCCUCUUGACGUUCCUUGCCGAUCUACUCAUCUUAUGGAGAUGUUGGGUCAUUUGGAGUGCAACAGGGGUUACCAUCGCCUAUGUGGUCAUUGCCUUCCCCACCGUCAUGCUUCUAGCAUCUUUCGUGUUGGGCACACUUUGGACAAUUCACUCAAGCAAGCCUGGUGUCUCAUUAUACAGUGCAGUCCCCAUCGCAUACGGAACCUCGUAUUUUGUCGUGUCCCUCGGCGUCAACAUUAUCCUAACCAUCCUCAUCGCCAUAAGGCUCCUUCUAUACCGCAGAAAAAUAUCGGCGAUUAUCUCACCCGACCACGGAAGCAAAUACUUUUCACUCGCCACAAUUUUUAUCGAGUCUGCGGCUCUCUAUUCCAUCUUUGCCAUUAUGUUCAUCGUCACUUACGCUAUCGACCAUCCGAUGAACCAGAUCUUCCUGGCAUUUGCCUCAGCUUCCCAGCAAAUCGCUGGCUAUUUGAUCAUUUACCGCGUCGCAGAGGGACGGGCGUUGGACCAACAAACUUUGGUUGCAACCCGAAAAACACUCCACGAUUUAAAUUUCCAUGUAUCGGACUCUCACCAGAGCGAAUUUAACACAAGUGCCUUGGGCAGCGCUAACCCACCAGCGCUGCCGCCUUCUGAAUCCCCUAGACGAACUUCUCGCGAGGUUGGUCUGCCCCAAUUGGGAGAAAAGUCGGAAGUCGUACAGAUCAACAACUACGAAAAUGUCUAA